AGAAAUGAAAAAAGACGACGCCUACGCGUGAGAAAACAGGAAUUGGCUCGAAAGAGUAGAACACAAGUUAGGGUUUUCCAAUUGGUGUUUUGACGAUGGAACUUCGUAUUGGGAAUAAGUUCCGGCUUGGUCGGAAAAUUGGUAGCGGCUCAUUCGGAGAGAUUUACCUUGGAACUGAUAUUCAGAGUAACAAAGAUGUUGCAAUUAAGUUUGAAAGUGUCAAGAGUGUGCAUCCACAAUUGUCAUAUGAGUCAAGGAUAUAUAGAGUUCUUCAGGGUGGAACUGGGAUUCCAAACAUGAAAUGGUAUGGCGUCGAGGGGGAUUACAAUGUUUUAGUGAUAGAUUUGCUUGGUGGAAGCCUUGAAGAUCUGUUUUGUUAUUGUAACAAGAAAUUUAGUUUGAAGACAGUUCUCAUGCUAGCUGAUCAAAUGAUUAAUCGGCUCGAGUUCAUCCAUUCUAAGUCGUUUCUUCAUCGUGAUAUAAAGCCAGAUAAUUUUCUUAUGGGUUUGGGAAGGCAGGCAAAUCAGGUCUACAUCAUAGACUUUGGUUUGGCUAGGAAAUAUAGAGAUAGCUCAAGCUACCGACAUAUCCCAUAUAGGGAGAAUAAAAGUCUAAUUGGGACACCGGCGUAUGCAAGCUUGAACACUCACCUAGGGAUCGAGCAAAGUCGGAGGGAUGAUAUAGAAUCACUUGGUUAUAUCCUCAUGUACUUCCUCAAAGGAAGUCUUCCAUGGAAGGGACUAAAAGCUGGGAACAAGAAACAGAUAUAUGACAAGAUUAGCGAUAAGAAAGUUUCAACUUCCAUCGAAACGUUAUGCGAAGGUCAUCCAAUAGAGUUUGCAACCUACCUCCAUUACUGCCGCUCCCUUAGGUUCGAUGAUAAGCCAGACUAUGCAUAUUUGAAGAGACUAUUCCGCGACCUUUUUACUCGUGAAGGUUUUCAGUUUGAUUUUGUGUUCGACUGGACGAUAUUAAAGUAUCCGCAAUCACAAUGCGUAAACCCUCCACCUCAUGCCGAUGUACAAUCUUGAUACUUUCAAUUUUUUUUUUAAUCCCGUUCAUGAUACACAGAUGAACAAUGCAAGAUUGUGUGAUGUUACUUUUGUCAUGAAUAGUGGAAUAUUGAAUAUUUGAGAUCUAGAUAAUUUAUCCCUUGCUGGCAGAAGCUGCUCAAAACAUAUGUAGAUUGUUUUGAUCGAUAAAAGAGAGCUAUUAAAAUGCAGAACCAUAA